UGGCGGGGUACACUCUUCCUCCGGAACUCCACCUGUACCUAGAAUGAAGUCUUUAAGGAAAAGGACGACGUCUUACGACGUUGGAAGCACUUGAGAUGACGCCCAGAGGAUAUUUAAAGUCUUCGACUCUAGGUCUCUGAGGAAACAAGGUCAAGGUUACUAGAGGUCAUUGCAAAUUCAAGGUCAAGUUCGUCCUCCUGUCCAACAUGGCGGUUGCUCUCCCCAUCCACCCCACCCAGUUCCCCGGCCUCCGGCGGAAUUCCAUAGAACUGCAGCGCGGGGCCCGGCCCACGUCCCUGGGCGAGUUCACUCACCAGACCCGGUCGCGGCGGAGCCCGCAGCCGCUGUCCCUGGCGCACAUCUCGGAGAUCGCGGAGGAUGAGGAGGAGGCGGAGGAGGCGGCGAUGCGGCCCAGGCUCCGCCGGUCCUUCUCCCGGCGCGGGCGGAGGAGCAUCUCCGAUCUUGUGGAGACCAGUCUGGUCCAGCAGCGGCACAGGAAGAGGAGUCAAGAGGGGAUGGAACAGGACGCUGAGCUGCCCCCCACCUCUCCUGAUGACGUCAGUCCCAGACGACGUUCCUCCGUGAGUGACGUGUUGUUCCGUCACAUCUCCCCGGUCCCGGCCGGCGGCAGGAGGCGGCUGUCCAUGGCCAUACAGGAGCCCAGGGCCAUAUACAGGGUAAACAGCCUGGAGAAGAACCCGCUGGACCGUGGCCCCCGGCAGCAGCGCUCGGGGAGUGUGUUCGUGUCGGGCGGCAGGAGGAUGUCCAUGUUCCGCGCCUUCACCUUCAACAAACCCGACCCCGAGGAGGAACGGCAGAAAAACAUACGGCCUGGGUUCAAGGGAGUCGAACUUUUCCGCAAAGCAGUACAGACCGUGCGCAUGCUCAGACGGAUCCUGUCCACGAAGGAAGUGUCUGAGGGUAUUAAGCAGAUGGAGAAAGGCCGUGCGGACGAGGCUGAGAGUACGGGCUCGCCGUUCGUCAUGUUCGCCGACUCGGUAGGGACUGACGACACCAAGUCCACGUCAGACCCCGGGCUGUCCUUCGAUCCCAAGAUAUACAAGGCCAAGAAAGAGGUCACGCUCAGUAGUGAAGCCAAACGUGUGCUGAAGUCGCGCGGGAAGGACAGGACGCCGGAGGGCCUCCAGACCGCCCUGUACGGGCUGCAGACCAUUCCCGCCUUCGCCGAGUACCCGCUGCACAUGCAGGAGAAAAUAUGCAAGGAGGCCUGGCUGGAAGAGAUUCCCGCCAAAAGAGUCAUCAUCCGACAGGGACACAUCGCCGAGAACUUCUACUUCCUCAUCUCGGGAAACGUUAUCGUUGACAUCAUGGACAUCGACCCGGAGGAGGACAACGCAGAGACCCGGCAUGUGGCCGUGCUCAGGAAGGGAACCAGCUUCGGCGAAAUGGCGUUUUUCCGGAACAAGCGGAGGACAGCCACCGUCAUCAGCCAGACUCCUGUGCAGCUAUUGGUCAUCAGCGCUAACGACUUCUAUGAAAUGUUCCUCCCUGCGUACAGAAUGGGGGAGGAGGAACCCGAACACGUCAAGUUCCUCAGACAGGUGGAGUUUCUUGAAAACUGGCCACUGGAAAGACUUAUUGCGAACCCUGACAACUGCAUGUUUCAGUACUUUACGCGAGGAAAAGUUAUCGUGAAGAACAGCAGCCAAUCAGAGUGGAUCUACAUAAUCAAAUCGGGGACGUGCCAGGUGCUGAAGCAGUUGAGACCUGUGCGGCCGUGCCUGAGAGGCAAGCCGCUCGUCUUCGCCGGAGACAUCAUUUUACCCACAUUAGGACCAAAAAUCGACACCGGCAGAGGAAGUCACGUGUCUAGACCGUUGACAGAUGACGUCACGCCAGGUGUAACGUUCCUGUCGGAACCCAAGAGAACCAACUGGCGGGAAGAGGUCAUCGCCAAGAGAACAGCGGAGUUGAAGGUCACGCAGGCUGACGUCACGCCUUCGGACAGCAGCCCCAGCACAGCAGACGAACCUGGGGACGAGGGAGAGAAGGAGAGACCGAGAUCGACAGGCACGCCGGUGAAGAAGGGCGCGCAGGGAAGAACGGUUACUCUCAAGACGACCCACUCUUUCUUAAGGAGAAAGCCGCAGCCCAAGCCCCCUCCCGUCUUCGUACAGAUCGACCUUCUGCACGAAAAAGACGUCUUCGGUCUGACAACUUUAAAGUUCGACUCAGGAAUCGACGUCAAACAACCCAGCGUUUCACUGGUCAGUAAAGGUGCAGAAUGUAUCAUGAUCUCCAAGAAGUUUUUCCUGGAACACGCCAACGAGAAGGUCAAAGCGUUCCUCCGGAAGAACAUGCGGCCGUACCCUUCCCAGGAUUCCCUGCAGGGCAACCUACAGGACUACACCAACUGGGCCUUCUUCAAGGACGAAACAGUCAACGACAUUCUGGGGAGAAAAGCCCAAUUCUGAUCAAACCAUUGAGGCCGCCAUGUUUCUCUAGAUUAUUAAAAACUUAAACUUUUCUCCAA